AUGACUGGCAAAGAGACGCUCUCCUAUCGCCUAUCUACGCUUUCCAUCCAUGCCGAUACGGGCAGCACACCCGACGUUGCCCCUCCUAUGCACGUCUCGACAAAUUACCGGUUUGCUAACGAUUGGAACGACCGCUAUGCUGCUGAGAAAGGCUGGAUACCUAAAUCCACUUCUUCUGCAAAAGAAACUGCCCUGACUCCAAACGGUGAGCAUGUGUACUCGCGAGAGGGUACCGAAACGAGGGACAGAUUGGAGACGGUUUUGGGGGCAUUAGAAGGAGGCCAUGCGGUAACAUACACUACUGGCCUUGCUGCAAUCACGGCUGCCAUUAAUCAUGUGCAACCUUCACGAAUUGUCACCUCCCGGGAAGGAUAUCAUGGGACUCAUGGUGUUAUUAGAAUCUACAGGAGAGGACGCGAAGAUAAAGUGGGUCUAGUAUUUAUCGAGGACGGCAUUCAGACCUUCCAAAAGGGAGAUUUGAUUUGGUUAGAAUCACCCCAGAACCCUCGGGGUGAGAUUGCCGGUAUACAUUGCCGAUUAUGCAUCUCGUCGCCCAGCGGUGCGACACUCGCGGUCGACGCAACAUUUGCUCCAGCGCCACUCCAGAAGACGCUCGCUGCAGGCGCUGACAUUGUGAUGCACAGCAGCACAAAGUUUCUCGGCGGACAUUCGGACAUGCUGGGCGGUGUCUUGAUCGUCAAAGACGAGCAAACGGCUGAGAAGUUACGCGAUGACCGAACUUACCUGGGCAGCGUGAUGGGCAAUUUCGAAGCAUGGCUGCUACUCCGUAGUUUGAGAUCAUUGACCGUCCGAGUUACCCAACAAUCACGAUCGGCUACAGAAAUUGCCAGAUGGUUGGACGCCCGCGAUGAGCCCGCUACGCAGAUCGUCGACAAAGUGUGGCAUGGAUCAUUACCCAAACAACCCGGACAUGAUGCGGGCAAGAAGCAAGGAGAAGGCUGGUCAGGUGUCUUAUCCAUUGAGUUCAAAUCCCUUCAUCAUGCCCGCCUGAUUGGCUCGCAUCUCCGGCUCGUUGUAAAUGCAACAUCUCUCGGCGGCUGCGAAUCCGCCCUCGAAUGGCGGGCUGUCGUUGACGACAAGAUUACCCCCCGACUUGUUAGAUUGAGUAUUGGAUUGGAAGAUGUUGAGGAUCUAAAGGAAGAUCUUCGCAGGGGAUUCCUCAAAGUGGCAGAAAUUGCCAAAGAGUUUGAAAAUUGA